AUGUUGCGAAAUAUUAACCAACCGCAACUUUGUAACGGCACACGAUUAGCGAUAAAAAAAUUACUGAAUAACGUAAUAGAAGCAAUCAUAUUGAAAGGAAAGUAUAAAGGAGACGACGUUUUGAUACCCCGCAUCCCAAUGAUUCCGACUGACGUACCAUUCCAGUUUAAACGACUACAGUUUCCAGUACGGCUUGCUUUCGCUAUGACUAUAAACAAAUCCCAGGGGCUGUCAUUAAGUGUUUGUGGUAUUAAUCUAGAAAACCCGUGUUUCUCGCAUGGCCAUUUGUAUGUUGCCAGUUCCCGUGUUGGAAAACCAUCAGCUCUGUUUGUUUACGAGCAAGGUAAUCAAACAAAAAUAUCGUGUACCAUAAAGUAG